CGGCAGGUGGCCCCGCGCGCGGCGGCCGGCCCGGCCGGGGGCGGGCGGGAAGGUGGCGCCUCGGGCGGGGGCCGGUCCCUGCACCAGGUGACCUGCUCUGGCCCGGAUCCGGGCGGCCUCGCCAUGCAGCGGCGCGGCGCGGGGCUCGGGUGGCCGCGGCAGCAGCAGCAACAACCCCCGCCGCCCGCGGUCGGUCCCCGGGCCGCAGCCAUGGCCCCCCCGAGCGGCAGCGUCCCCCCGGGCCUCGGCGGCCGCCCUGCCAGCGCGCUGCUCCUGUUCUGCUACCUGAACGUUGUGCCGUCUUUGGGCAGGCAGACCUCCCUGACGACGUCGGUGACCCCCAAAGCCGAGCAGAGCGUGGCUUACAAAGACUUUAUUUAUUUCACUGUCUUUGAAGGCAAUGUCCGCAAUGUUUCUGAAGUCUCGGUUGAGUAUUUAUGCUCUCAGCCUUGUGUUGUCAAUCUGGAAGCGGUUGUUUCAUCUGAGUUCAGAAGUAGCAUCCCUGUGUACAAAAAGAGGUGGAAGAAUGAGAAGCAUCUUCACACCAGCAGGACACAAAUAGUACAUGUGAAAUUUCCAAGCAUCAUGGUUUAUAGAGAUGAUUAUUUCAUCAGACACUCCAUUUCGGUAUCCGCGGUGAUACUACGCGCCUGGAUUACUCACAAAUACAGUGGCAGAGACUUGAAUGUUAAAUGGGAGGAAAAUUUGCUACAUGCUGUAGCGAAGAAUUAUACUCUGCUGAAGACGGUCCCGCCUUUCGAACGCCCUUUCAAAGAUCAUCAAGUGUGCCUUGAGUGGAACAUGGAUUAUAUUUGGAACCUUUGGGCAAACAAGAUUCCCCAGUGUCCUCUUGAAAAUGAUGUGGUCACCCUCCUGGGCUUUCUCUAUGCCUCCAGUGGAGAAAACACAGGCAUUGUGAAGAAGUUCCCGAGGUUUCACAACCGAGAGCUGGAGGCCACCCGACGUCAGCGGAUAGAUUACCCCGUGUUUACUGUUUCAUUGUGGCUUUAUUUACUCCAUUAUUGCAAGGCCAAUCUCUGUGGGAUUCUGUACUUUGUUGAUUCUAAUGAGAUGUAUGGCACACCGUCUGUAUUUCUUACUGAAGAGGGCCACUUGCAUAUUCAGAUGCAUCUUGUCAAAGGAGAAGAUCUUGCCGUGAAAACGAAAUUCACCAUGCCUCUGAAGGAGUGGUUUCGACUGGAUAUCUCUUUUAAUGGAGGCCAGAUUGUAGUCACCACCAGCCUUGGACAGGAUUUGAAAAGCUACCAUAAUCAGACCAUUAGCUUCAGAGAGGAUUUCUAUUAUAAUGACACUGCUGGAUACUUCAUUAUUGGAGGGAGCAGGUAUGUGGCCGGCAUUGAAGGGUUUUUCGGACCCCUGAAGUACUAUCGUCUCCACACUCUGCACCCUGCACAGAUCGUUAAUCCCCUCCUUGAGAAGCCACUUGCUGAACAGCUCAAAUUAUAUUAUGAAAGGUGUGCUGAGGUCCAAGAAAUAGUGUCUGUGUACACAUCCACGGUACAGCAAGGGGGCGAGCAACAAGAAGCAUGUGACUUCCAGAACUCCUACCUGGACAUGAAGCUCAGGUACGGGAGACCCUCCACGUGCAGAGCCUUCCCCUGGGAGAAGGAGCUGAAAGACCGGCACCCCAGCUUAUUCCAGGCCUUGAUGGAGAUGGGCCUGUGGACAGUGCCAAGGAACCAGAAUGAAUCUGUAUUAGAAAUCGGCGGGAGGAUAUUUGAGAAGGCUGUAAAGAGACUCUCCAGUGUUGAUGGUCUUCACCAAAUUAGCUCUGUAGUCCCCUUUCUGAUGGAUUCUAGCUGCUGUGGAUACCAUAAAGCAUCCUACUACCUCGCAGUCUUUUAUGAAACUGGAUUAAAUGUGCCUCGGGAUCAGCUGCAGGGCAUGUUGUACAGUUUGGUAGGAGGCCAGGGUAGUGAGAGGCUGUCUUCAAUGAAUCUUGGAUACAAACACUACCAGGGUAUUGACAACUACCCCCUGGACUGGGAGCUGUCCUAUGCCUACUACAGCAACAUUGCCACGAAGACACCCCUGGACCAGCACACACUACAGGGAGAUCAGGCGUAUGUUGAGACAAUUAGACUGAAGGAUGAUGAAACGCUCAAGGUACAGACCAAAGAGGAUGGAGAUGUCUUUAUGUGGUUGAAGCAUGAAGCCACCCGAGGCAAUGCGGCAGCUCAGCAACGAUUGGCCCAGAUGCUGUUCUGGGGCCAGCAAGGCGUGGCCAAGAAUCCUGAGGCAGCGAUCGAGUGGUACGCCAAAGGCGCCCUGGAGACUGAGGACCCUGCGUUAAUAUACGACUAUGCCAUUGUGUUGUUCAAGGGUCAAGGAGUGAAAAAGAACAGACGGCUUGCUUUGGAGCUGAUGAAGAAAGCGGCUUCCAAGGGAUUACAUCAGGCAGUCAAUGGCUUGGGAUGGUAUUACCAUAAAUUCAAGAAAAAUUAUGCCAAAGCAGCAAAGUACUGGUUAAAAGCUGAAGAAAUGGGGAAUCCAGAUGCAUCGUACAAUCUUGGAGUCCUGUAUUUGGAUGGCAUUUUCCCAGGAAUUCCUGAAAGGAAUCAAACUUUAGCCGGUGAAUAUUUCCAUAAGGCUGCACAGGGUGGACACAUCGAAGGAACCUUGUGGUGUUCUCUCUAUUAUAUCACAGGAAACCUGGAGACGUUCCCUAGAGAUCCCGAGAAGGCUGUCGUAUGGGCAAAGCACGUAGCUGAGAAAAAUGGCUACUUGGGUCACGUCAUUCGCAAAGGCCUCAAUGCCUACCUGGAGGGCUCAUGGCACGAAGCUUUGCUGUAUUAUGUUUUAGCAGCAGAAACUGGAAUUGAAGUGUCACAGACAAAUUUAGCACACAUCUGUGAGGAGAGGCCAGACCUGGCCGAGAGAUACUUGGGUGUUAAUUGUGUUUGGAGAUACUAUAAUUUCUCUGUUUUUCAAAUCGGUGCUCCUUCAUUUGCAUAUUUGAAAAUGGGAGACCUUUACUACUAUGGCCACCAAAACCAGUCCCAAGACCUUGAGUUGUCCGUGCAGAUGUACGCUCAGGCAGCCCUGGAUGGAGACUCACAGGGUUUCUUUAACCUGGCUCUGCUCAUUGAGGAAGGUGCUAUAAUCCCACACCAUAUUUUGGAUUUCUUGGAAAUUGACCCAACUAUCCAUUCUAAUAACAUCUCUAUCCUCCAGGAACUGUACGAAAGGUGCUGGAACCAGAGCAGCGAGGAGUCCUUCAGCCCCUGUUCCCUGGCCUGGCUUUAUCUUCAUCUGCGGCUCAUCUGGGGCGCCGUCCUGCGCUCUGCCCUGAUCUACUUUCUGGGGACCUUCCUACUGUCUGUACUGAUCGCCUGGACCAUGCAGUAUUUCCAGUCUGUUUCAGGUCAAGAAGCUGAAUGUGGUCAUGUGAUGGCUCCUGGGGCUUACAGUGUGGCAAAUAGUUUCAACAUGGUGCUGAGAGGGACUGGGACGAUUCUUCAGAGGGCAAGUCUAAGGCACUAGAAACACCAAGGGUCACUCUCCUAGGAAGUCAAUCUACGGAAACCAGGGACUCAGAAUGAAGGUUGGCUGGCACCCAGGAAAGAGAGCUCUUAUCUUCUUGUUUCUAUUCAGUCCAUAAAGAAUGUAAGCUGGCUUGAUCCUUGAGAACUGGCCUGACUCAUAUUUCAUGUCCCUUCCUGAGGCUGGGCUGCUCAGCCAGGCAGAACUUGCUGAGAGGUUGUAGAAGAGGAAGAGGGUUUCUCCUUGCAGCUCUGAUGCCUGGACAUGGCCUGCCCCCACCUCUCCCUUCCACAUCCUGUCUCAUGUGUUUUUAAUCAGUCGACACUUUCAGGCACACUUCUCCCUCUGCCUCUCUGACCUGGGCCUCCUGCAGCAGGCCACAUAGCCAUGGGACAGACAACAUGCCUCCUGUCUGCACCUGGAGUCCCACAUAGCUCAGGUGAGUGCUGGGCUGAGAAGCCCUAUAGCUUCCCCCCAUGUCACACAAAGCCAGAUUGUAUCCAAAAGGGUUCAUCUCUGUGGAGAGGAAGAACAGAGUUGUUUGGCCAGGACCCUAGGCCAGGUCAAGUGGUGCCCAAACUGGUCAUAUGGAAGAGUCCUACUUUGGCCCCAAAAUAAAAUAAAGCAACAAAAAGCUUAUAAGAACGGCCCAAAUCUGGAACACUGACAACACCAAACACUAGCAAAGAGGCAGAACAACAAGCACUCUAAUUCAUUGCUGAUGGAAACGUGAAAUGGUGCAGCCCUCUGGAAGACAGUUUGGUGGCUUCUUACAAAGCUGAAUGUACUCUUAACAUACAAUCCAGCAAUUGCAUUUGGUAUUUACCAGACAAAUUGAGAACUUCUCUCUGCACAAAAACCUGCACAUGGCCGUUUAUGGCAGCUUUAUGGAUAAUUGCCCAAAUGUGGAAGUACCCAAGAAGUCCCUCAGUGGGUGAAUGGAUAAAGAAACUUUGGUAAGUCCAGAGAGUGGAAUUAUAUGCAGAGCUAGAAAGAAAUGCGCUGUCAAGCCAUGGGAAGACAUGGAAGAAACUUAAAUGCAUAGAACUAAGUGAAAGAAACCAAUCUGAAGAGGUUACAUACUAUAUGAUUGGAGCUAUAUGACAUUCUGGAAGGGGCAGGACUAUGGAGACAGUCAAAUUUAGUGGUUGCCAGAGAUGUGUGACAGGGAAGGACAGGAAUGAAUAGGUGGAGCAUAGGGGAUUUUUAGGGCAGUGAAAAUGCUCCAGAUGAUACUAUCAAGAUGGAUCCAUGUCUAUACUUUUGUCCAAACCCAGAGACCAUAUAAUACCAUGAGGAAACUCUAAUGUACACUAUGGUCUUAGAGUUACAAUGACAUGUCACUGUAGGUUCAUCAACUGUAACAGAUAUAUCACUCGGGGAGGGGGAAGUUGAUUCUGGAGGAGACUAUACAGCAUGGGGACAAGUGGUAAAUGAGAAAUCUCUGUUUCUUUGCUUGAAUUUUCCUGUGAGCCUGAGACUGCUCUAAAAUUUAGUCUUAAGGCACCUGGGACAUUCAGUCAGUUAGGAUCUGACUUUUCAUUUCUGCUCAGGUGAUGACAUCAUGACCCUGAGAUCAAGC